AUGGCGGAGGCCGGGGCCGACCUGGGUCGGGAUCGGACGUCCAGCGAGAGGUCGGAGAUCUGGAGCUGGGCCGGCUGGCGAGCCGUCGGCGCGGCCGCCGGAGACGGCGACAGGCGCGACAGGGGCGACGAGAAGUAUGUCCCCGAGUGGGAUGGCAAGUCUGCGCCACCCCGCACCUUCGAGCGCCGGGUGAGGGUUUUUGAGCUGAACACUGUGAUCCCGCCUCGGCGGCGGGACGGCCGGCUGCUCUCCAGGCUCAAGGGGCAUGCCGAGACAAAGACACAUAAUCUCGACCCCUGGGCCCUCGAAGUGCCUGGCGGCGCCCGGGUGCUCUUGAGCUGCCUGCGCAGCAAGUGCGACCAGCAAGAGGCGCUGAUGGUCGGCACGCUGGUGGGCGAGUUAGUGGGGAAACUCGCGCGCAACGUCGGUGACGAGGCGCUGGACUUCGAGACGCGCUGCGAGACGAAGAUCCGCGAGCUGGGGGAGGCCAUGGACGAGCCUCUGAACAAGCACCUGAUGGCACACUACUUCUUGGAGAAGCUGCGAGUGGGAGGCGACGCGGACAGCCAAAUUAGCACGAGCGCCGGCAACGAGCUGGUCUACGAGAAGCUCCGGGACUCCGCCAUGGCAUGCCUGCCCCGCGUGUCGGUGCUGCGAAAGACGUCGACCCUGCCGCCGAGCGCGGGCGGCGGGGGCGGUGCUCGCCGGGAGUGCCUGAGCCGGAACCGUCGAAGGCCAGGGCGGGCCGCUGGCCGCGGUGGGGGUCGCGCCGUACACGCGGUGCGCGGCGACCAGGAGGGCGACCCUGAUGAGGCCGCUGACGACGACGGCGAGUGGCCCGAAGACGUAGAGUGCCACGCGGAGAUGGGCUCCGAGGGCGAUCUGGGAGCGGAAGAGGCGGCUGAGCACGAACACGUUCUUGAGGAGCAGCUGGCCUUCCAGACGGACAGCGCGGCGAUGAUGGCCCAGGCGAAGAAGGCCCGCGCCGAGGCGGAGUGGGCGCGCGACUUCUACCGCGGCGGCGCAAAGGGAGGCAGCAGCGCGAACACUGAGCGAGUCAAGAAGCCCAUCGAGCCAGUGGCCGUGGUGAGUCAGCCCGUCGGCGAGGCGGAGCUGACUCCAGAGGAGGAACCCACGUUCGUGGACCCACGGCGCGUGCUGAUCACCGAGACCGGCGACGAGCUGUGGCUGCCAAGUUCGCGGCGGAAUUUCUCUGGCACAGGUAGCGCGAUCUACGGCCGCGCGGCGGUGUCGGCGCCCGUGGAAUGGGGCGGCGAGGGAGUCGUGGUCCGCAUCGGCUUUUUGGGCGAGGAUGUGACCCCACUGAUCUCGGGCGGUGCCCUGAUGGAGCUGGAGGCGCGCAUCCGCGUGGUGAGGGGAGAGAUCACCGCGGGCACGGUCGGCAGGGGCCGAUUGCCGCUCGGGGGGCUGAGCUCGGGGCACAUGGCGACGUCUGCCCUCGACUGCGGGUCGACGGG